AGAUCCUCCACAAGGAGCCGCACGCCGGGGCGCACGCGAAGCGACGAAACCAUGUCGUCUGCCGCGGUGAACAUGCGCCUGGACACGCACAACAUGAUCAUGGAGGAGGCGCUCGGCGCCCGCGUCGUCGAGGGCGUGCGCGAGGCCACGGAGCUCUCGGUCGGCGACUUCGACGGCUGCCGCUUCAAGCUCGUCUGCGCGCCCGAGGCCCUGAGCGUCGUGACCAUGCACGUGGACCUGCCGUGCUGGCGCGAGCUGUCGUCGCUCGGCGGCCAGGCGGCGCUCGACGAAAUCUUCGCGGGCCACGUCGCGGCGCCCGACCCGGGCUACAAGGUCGCCGUGCGCGUCGACUGCGACGCCGUCGCGGCGGCGGACCGGCCGGCGCUCCUCGCGAAGCUCAUCGACAUCAAGCGCCACCUCGUCGGCGCUCCGUUCGCCGACGCCUUUGCGAAACUCGCCGCGGGCACCGCGACCAAGGGGCCCGUCGCGGCGCUGCCCUGGCGCGAGGGCGGCGAGGCGGUCUACGUCAUGGCCGGCAACGACCCGGCGAAGCCCGCGAGCUACGACCGCGUCGCCGUCGUCUACGCCAUCGACUUCCCCGAGGAGACGGACCGCGCCAUGGGCCGCGUGCUGCUCCAGCAGUUCGCGGAGACGCGCGUCCCCGGCGCGCCGCCGGUGACCUUCUCCGAGGCCAAGGCGCCGCCCCUCGAGAUCCGCGACCUCGUCGCGACGUCGGGCUUCCUCGGCUUCGGCGGGAAGAAGCUGCCGAGCGUCGUCGGCUACGUGACCCUCACGGUCUUCAAGCGGCACGUCGACACGCCCGAGAAGCUCGCGGACCGCGUCGGCCUCUGCGUCGGCUUCCGCAACUACCUCCACUACCACAUCAAGGCCGCCAAGACGAACCAGCACAUGCGCAUGCGCCGCAAGGUCUACUCCUGGCUCCAGAUCCUCAACCGCGCGGUGCCCAAGCCGGCCGCGGGCAGGGAGAUGAAGACGGCCACGGGCCGCUCCUUCUUCCGGAAGAAGUAGGCGAGAGCGUCGGGGGCGCGGCGCGCGCGUAACAACCGCGCGCG